AGCAAAAUGACCCUGGAAGAUUUCGAGAAGUCACUAGCGGAGGAUCAGGGUCAGAGGGAGAAGGAUAAGGACCGACACCGCCGUGACCGCAGCAGCGAGCGUUCACGGCAUUCUCGCCAUCACCAUUCUAGUCAUCAUCGACGCCAUUCGUCUAGAUCCCGAGAGCGCAGAAGCGAUCGGGAUCGUGAGUCCCGCCAUCGCGAUGAUGAUGGGCAUCGGUCGAAGCGUUCACGUCACUCGACCAACCAUGGUGACGACGAUCGUGACCAUGAGCGCAAGCGUCGACACCGCCAUGAAAGCAAGGACGACGCGGAGUCUGCGCCCAAGGCGGCCGCGGAGGAGCAUCCGGUUCAAUUGAAGCGUGACUCUUGGAUGGAAGCUCCAUCGGCUCUUGAUAUUGACUACGUCCACCGGCCAGAUCCCAAGCGCGUGGAAGAGGUCUCGAAGCCGAAGAUGCUUUCAGCUGACUAUGAGCUUAAGAUUCAUGACAAAGAGCUCAAUGAGCACCUGCGCGAUCUCAAGGAUGGAAAAGCACUCGAGGAUAUCCAAGAAGAGCCGGCGCAGCAUGAGGUGGAUUACACAUUUGGGGAUUCCGGAUCGCAGUGGAGAAUGACCAAGCUCAAGGGUGUCUACAGGGAGGCCGAAGAGAGCGGCGUACCUGUGGAGGAGGUUGCCACUGCUCGUUUUGGAGACCUACGAUCAUUCGAUGAUGCCCGUGAAGAAGAAACAGAGCUGGAUCGUCGCAAGAUGUACGGCGAGUCCUACGUGGGCAAGGAGAAACCAAGCGGAGAAAUGUUCCAAGAAAGGAAGCUUCAGAACGAUGUCCGCAGGGAUCAACACCAGCAUAUUCGCGAUCCAGCGGAGGAGCUCAAAACGGAAGGCCAGGGCAAGCAGAUGGAAACCGAGCCUCCUUCAAGGACUACACAGCCUCUGGAUCAGACGGCAUUGAAUCGUCUCAAGGCUCAAAUGAUGAAAGCGAAGCUGAAGAAUGCUUCCAAUGCGGCUGAGCUUGAAGAAGAAUACAAUGCUGCCGUCGCUGCCAUGGCUAACCACAAACAAUCCGACGUCGUGGUGCUCGGUGUCAAGGACAAUCGCAUGCUUGCUGGAUCAAGAAACGAGGUCAAGGCGGUGGAUACCAAGAGAGGCCGUGAAAGAGGACUUGUCAUAGAGAAUGACGACAUGACGAUCGACGACAUGGUUCGCGAAGAACGCAAGACUCGAGGUCAACUGGGAGGUGAAGGAAAGCGAUUGGCAGAACGUAUCACCCGUGAUGGAAAGUUCGAGAACGAUUUGGAGUACAUGGAUGACAAUGCCUCCAAGCUGGCCAAGCGAGUGCACCGAUCCGAAAUCGACAUCAAGAGUGCAACAGUCAAUGAGUUCCGCAAGAUGAACCAAAUCUUAGACAACUGCCCACUCUGCCACCAUGAAGACACCAAUACACCACCAGUUGCUCCCAUCGUAUCCCUCGCGACUCGGGUAUUCAUGACCCUCCCCACCGAGCCCGAAGUCAGUGAUGGAGCUGCCACAAUUGUGCCCAUUCAGCAUCGAAACAAUCUCAUAGAAUGUGACGAUGAUGAAUGGGAAGAGAUCCGCAACUUCAUGAAAAGUUUGACCCGUAUGUACCACGACCAGGGCCGGGAUGUGAUCUUCUACGAGAACGCAGCCCACCCCCAACGCAAGCGGCACGCAUCCAUGGAGGCAGUUCCCCUACCCUACAGUCUCGGAGAGACCUCUCCUGCAUUUUUCAAGGAGGCUAUUCUGAGCGCGGAGUCUGAAUGGUCACAACACCGCAAGCUCAUCGACACCCUGGCCAAAGCGAAGCAGGGACUUGGAAAAUCUGCAUUCCGCCGCACACUUGUUAAGGAGAUGCCUUACUUCCAUGUUUGGUUUGAGCUUGAUGGUGGCCUGGGACAUAUUGUGGAGGAUGAGAAUCGCUGGCCCAAGGGAGAUCUGUUCGCAAGAGAGGUCAUUGGAGGCAUGCUCGAUGCAGCUCCGGACGUUAUCAAGCGGCAAGGCCGUUGGAAUCGCGGUGGUGAUCGCCGGGUGGAACCAUUCAGGAAACGCUGGAGGAAAUUUGAUUGGACUCGCAUUCUUCUUGAGGGAUAG